GGCGGUAAACUUUGUUUUUUCAAGUGUCAAAAUCAAAAAUAAAAACAUUAUUUUUGUUUUGUAUUCAUGUUUAACUAAGAUUAUAAUCGUUUAUAGAUUAUGGAUUCGACAAAUCUAUUCAAUAAUAUUAAAGAACUUGGCCAUAUUAAUAGCAAACGUGAUGAGCUACGUGAAUAUUGUAAACUUAAAAUUGACCAAGUCAUAAAGUUAUUACCAAGGCGUAUACUCAACAGCGAUGGAAGCGAUAUAUUAGACUGUAUUCUCAAUGGAUUGCCGGAUCACCCGGCUUCAUCAUGUAAAAAUAAAGUAAAGGUAAUAGACAUAGUUCUCCGAACAAUGAGGAAAGAGUCUACAUCUCUGACACAUUGCAGCGAUGUGGUCGCCAGACUGUGCUUGGAGCUCCCACGGAUGCCUGCAGGAGAUCUGGUGCGAUGGUGCAAUGAUAGUGUCCAGAGUAUUGUAGAUGAUAGUGAUGUCAACAUGAUCUGGAAAGACAUAUUACCGGAAGCGCACAGUGCACUGUCAGCUCACAUGGAGAUCACGCACUGCGGCACAGUGAUGGCUCCUGCGGAGUUCAAGGAGCAGUGUGUGAGGACACUGUGCCAGUGUCGCUGGACCGAACGCCAGCUUGUGCAGCUAGCUGCUAUGUUCAAAGACAUGCAGCUAAAUAAGAAUGACCACAAGCAGGUAGUGAACAAGAUCUGCUCAUACAUCAUAGAUGUGCCCCCAGACACACUGCCUCCACUGUUUCAUCAACUGCUAAAGUUGUGCAAGCAAUAUGAUGUGGAAACAGUACUUUCCUAUGUGUCUCAUUACUUCAAUGUGAGACUGUUCAGCAAACUGGAGCCUCCACGGCAAGACUCAGAGUCUACUACCAUGGAUAUUGAUGAUAUUGUGCCCUACAGCGACACAGAGCUCAACCGGUGCCUAUCCACCUGCAUCUACCACAUAACGCAGGGCGUGGCUGACCCAGAACUGAUAAGGAAGCAUCUGAAGCAGUGGCCCAGGACACAGCUGUUGAAGAACCCUUUCCUGAUAGAUUUAGCUCUGGCGCUGUCGGAUAAGGGCGCUGAUUUUAGAACUGCCUGUUUGGAUGUAAUACGACAAGCCAUCGAGCAAAGGUUCGAGGACGACCGUAUGUGCAAGCAGUCGGCGUGGGUUCGCUCCGUGAUCCCGCCAGACGUAGAUGUCGCCACUGUGUUCAAGAUGCUCACUUCUGAAAGCUCAGACCAACUCCAGCUAAUAGCCGCCGGCCUCAUGCACCUGUCCCUCCCCCCCUCCUCGCCGCCGCCCCCCGCCGUGUCCCGGCUGGUGCUGCUGCGGCUGGCGCGCGCGCAGCCGGACUCCGCGCCGCGCCUCCUCGCCGCGCUCGCCGACCGCCUCGCCGCCGCCGCCGCCGCCACACACAUACACUAUGCAGAUUGCCUCUACAUCCUAUGCAAGAUGGCGCCUCUCUCAGUCCAGCGAUGCACGCAAUUGACAACUAUAGUGGAGAACUGUCGCGCAUCCAACGGCGACUACAAGGCGGCGGCUGCGGUGCUUGAAGCCACGCAUCCACUGCUCAACUUCAGCACUCGAUUACGGGAUACUAUGCUCUGUGUGUGUAGGAAAGGAUUGUAUUCUAGAGACUCAAUCCACCGCUGCCUGGCGCUGUCCGGGUUCCUCACGGUGCUCCGUCACAUGAAGCUGGCGCAGGGCUCCAUGAGCAGCAGCCAGAGCCUCAGCAGCGAGCGGUUCAGCGCGCACAGCUACCUCACGCAGCUCACUGUGGACCUGCACUGUACCAGCCGCGGCGAGCCUGUAACUUCAAAAGUUCGUAACGAAGCGAUGUGCAUGGAAGUGGUUUCAAUAUUGCGUCGCUGCUUAUUGCAAGAUGCUGUGGUAAAGCAACUCCUCUAUUCUAAAAUUUACGACUGCGCGAAAGAGAAGCCGGUCCUACACGAGUCAAUCCUGGAGAUGUUAUACGAACAGCUGUCCAAGUACCUGCGAGAGGACGACGGUGGCGCGCCCCUGGACAUAGACAAGUGUGUGCAGACACACGCCAUCACCGCUGUUUUAACUGAACCAAUAGGCGCCCUCCUCUACGCAGUAGCACAGUUCAUACAGCCGCAGCCAGAAGAGACCCUCCAAGAGACGCUCGGCAGCCAGGGCCGAGACCCCGGGCCUGCGCACUUAUGUGCGCGACUGUGCACCGUCAUGGACACGCUGUGCCGGGCUGAGAACAUCGGGAGCGUUAAUAUGGAAGACCCAGGCAUAUCGGAUCUGACCCCGGAGUCCAAAGCGAAGAGUCUGAAGGUGCAACAGAUGCUGCAAUGCUACUCGGCGCUCAUAGCCCAUACGGUGAAGCAGUGGAGUGUCAACGAAAAUGCGCCUGCGACGGUGUAUAGCCUGUUCAAGCGAUAUUCAACCUUGUUGGAGAAGACUAAGACGGCGCCUAAAAUAGGCAAAAAGGGCUCAAAAUCAACACUAAACGACACAAAAGAGACAGCAAAGUCUCAAAAGAGCCAGAAAACCCAGAAAGAGAAGGGCAAAGCACCUAUAAAGUUGUCAAAUCUGGUGAAAGACCGCGCAGGGCCGUUCAAGCCCUUACCUUGUUUGUGGGACCUGAGGUUUUGCAAACGAAUGAUGCAGCUAUUGUAUAGCACCGAAGUCCCGUGGUCCACCGUGGACCAACUGAACGCGAUCCGUUCCCGUCGCGACUUCCACCACUGGACCCUACGCUCCGUGCAGUGCGCGCUCACCGCGGAGCCCCUGCACCGCCGCCGCGUGCCGCAUCACGUGCUGCCUGUAGCCGAGAUACUGUACUCCCGCUGUGUCGCUAGGUACCAAGAAAUGUGCGACUUCGACGACCAGACAGCGGUGCUAUGUCUAGAACUGUUCAAGGAUUGCUUGAAUAUAAUUUUAUCUGAGCAGUAUGCAUUCAAAAUUGAAAAAAUGCUGCCUGCUAUAACGGGUACAGCAGAAAACAAUAUAAGCGACAGCGUAGUAGCCAUGCUUCAACGAUUCCACAACGCAUUGGAAACGCUCAACGAUGACGCAGGAGAAGAAGCAGCGGACAAGCGCUCUAUAGCGGCCAUCACUCAAGUAGCUAGCGUAGUGUUGAGCGUACCCGGGCCUUGUAGCGAAGAGUAUAGCGCUGCAGCGGACAAGCGCUCUAUAGCGGCCAUCACUCAAGUGGCUAGCGUAGUGUUGAGCGUACCCGGCCCGUGUAGUGAAGAGUAUAGCGGUAUGGUACUCCAACUGGAAGACUUCGUCCGUCGCUGUAAGAUCGACUGUCUGUCGCUGGCGCCGGCGCUGCUCGCGGCCAACUGUCGCCUCAACCAGGACGCGCAGUUUCUGGACGAUCUACUGAUGAAGGUGUUGAAUGCUCUGGGCAGGAUUGAUGAAGAAGACACAUCAGCCAACGACGACACAACCACAUUCCCGUCCAUAGACGCUCGCACCGGGCACGCGGUGUUCCAGCACCUCUGCACGCACGCGGCGGGCUGCCUCAAGCACUGCGGGCACCUGCUGGCUCGCACCCGGGACCUGCAGGCCGCUGGCUGUGUGCCGCCGCCCGCCACCGCGCAGAUUGAUAGAGUGACUGUGGGACUAACUAACCUUACGUUUUCUUUAACAGAAAUCCAAGCAACAAACAAGGCGAUCGUGACCCAGCUUACCCAGAUAUCCGUGUGGGCGGCGCGUCUGUCGAGCGCCCGCUGUUCGGUCGGCGCCGGCAGCGACAAGGUUCUGUCGCUGUGUAUCAAUUUGUACACUCACCUCACUGCUGCUGUGAAACGUUGCCAUACUGCGAGAUUAGAGCCCCUCCUAAAAGUGAGCGGCAAGAAGCUCUCCUCCUGCAUAGACAACACGAUCAGCUACGUGGAGUCGUCCGUGCAGCCGAGCCCGAGCCGCGUGCUGCGCGACACCAAGCUGAUCCCGCGUCUCGUGCUGCGCGCCGAGCAGUACCAGCACGCGCUGCACGAGCACGCACACAAACACAAGUUGAACUGGUCGCACUACCUCUCUCUCGGCACGGCUCGAGACUUCCGCAUCAAGGCGCCGGCGCUGCAGGAGGCGCUGGCCAGAGACGCCGAUGAGUCCAGGGAACACGCUGAUGAGGAACCCGGUAUUAAUGACGCUGAAACGACCCUGCCCACUCCUGAAGCGAGUGACGAAGAAAAUGACGAUCCCGCGAGGAAGAAGCGGAGAGUUUCAUAACUAUGUGAUACUAGUGUUAUUGAGUAGUUGAUAAGAGGAAUAAAACAUGUUUCGUAAACUUUU